AUGGUUGGACUUUGCUUGUACGCACCAUCGGACAUUCUGCCGGCCCUGGUCUCCGAGCAACCUCGCCGACACAAACCUUUUUUCUGUUGUCAUGUGGUGGAAGAGCUCUUGGUUCGAUCGAUCGCAUCCAUUUUCAAAGCACAUCCGACGUCUCGACCAGCAGAAAUGAAAUUCAUGCGCCAGAUUGGUCGGCGACUACGAUAUCUGCCGCACAGCAUCAAGUUCAAGCCAUACCCCGGAGGCAUUCUGGUCAGUUGGGAAGACAAUGAGGCGGAAUCUUUUCGCAUGCUCGGCCCGAACGGCCCAGACUAUCAUGUUGUGCUUCAUGAUGACAAUUGUGCGAACACUGAGAUGGCGCUUCUUCACGAUCAAGCAGCCCUCCCCAACGAGACGGUGCCCUGUGGCUGCCGCCAGCAGUCCGCUCGUCAGACACACCGAAAGUGCCUCUUUACCGGUCUGUCGCACACAUCGACUUAUUAUGCCACGAUUGCGCUGAACGAAGAUCGAGCUUUUUAUGGGGUGCCGUCUGAUCGACUAUCGCCGGGGUCGUAUGAGAGUGCAAGCUAUGCGUUACAGGAAGCCAAGCGGCGCCUGAAAUAG